AUGGCGGAUUCAGUGGACAGAGUAUUCGUCCACGCCCUUAAUACCGUCAAGAAGAUUCCCAAAACAGGCGCCUCGCGGCCUCCACCGGGCGAUCGACUCCGCCUCUAUGGACUCUACAAGCAAGCCAUGGAAGGGGACGUAGACGGGGUGAUGGAACGACCAGUGAGUGCGCAUGAAGGUGAGGAGGAACCUGAGGAUGUGAGGAAGGAUAGGGAUAAGUACGAUGCGUGGGACGCGCAGAAGGGGAUUAGCAGGACUGAGGCGAAGAGGAGGUAUAUCGAGGCGCUGAUUGAGACGAUGCAUAAAUAUGCUAGCACGACGGCGGACGCAAGGGCUCUAGUCGACGAACUCGAAUUCGUCUGGGACCAAAUCAAAAACAACAGCGCCUCCUCCUCCGGCUCCUCACCCGGCAGAGGCGUCCCCUCCUACACCACCCAAUCGCGCCAAUUCCAACGCCCAUUAUCUGGAAACGAUGGACCAAUGCGAGUGCUCAGCCCAAUGAGCCAAGACGACGAAGCAGAGCGCCGCUCAGGAUAUAAUGACGAUUACGAAGAGGACGAAGACGACGACGAAUAUAAUAAUGGCGGAAAGAAAGAUGCCAAGAGCACGAAUAGGUGGAGGAGGUCGGUGGAGCAUGCUUUUGAGAAGAUGACGGCUGAGAUUGCGGCGCUGAGGGAGCAGAUUGCUACGGGGAGGGAGUAUCAGGGGAAGAAGAGAAGAUCGUUUAAAUCGUGGUUUGCAUGGUUGAUUUGGUUGGCUAUACGGCAUGUUCUGGUGGAUGUGGUAAUCAUGGGCAUUGUGUUGCUGUACCUGAGGAAACGGAAGGAUAGGAGGAUUGAAGACUUGGUGAGAGAGGGAUUGAGGAUUGGGAGGGAGUAUAUCAGGAAGAUUGUACCGGCACGAUGA